GGCAUCUUGACCCGCCGUCAACCGCUGCUUCUAUCUGCGACUGCGCCCCGAUCUCGGACCCCGUCGUCGCCAUCCUAUCGCGGCUCGGGGCAAAGUCUCCGUCUGGGCGGGUCGGUGUGAUAUCGGAAUAGCUGCCCGAUCUACUUAAUCGUUGGGACGUGAACAACAAAAUCUCUCUGCCAAUGGCUUGAUAGUUGAUACCAAAAACAAACCAAGGUAGAGCCCAACCAGCCAACCCAGUCAACCCAGCCCACCACCAGCGGGGAGCACGAAACAGAACCUGACUUGCAACCCGCAUCCACCACCCACCACCCGCCGACCCCCUCCUCCCCGUUGCGUCUCCCAAUCACGCCGGCAAGCACCCCUCCCACGCGGGUGAUCACGGGGUCCCUCCCAAAGGAGCCGACAGCGCUCCCGGCCGCCACAGGGUCGCAGCCGAGCUGCUCGCUACACAGUAGACGGACAGAAAAGAUGCCAGCAGAUGGGCGCACCCCCUCGUACCUCAUCGUCGGCGCCGGCGUCUUUGGCGUGUCGACGGCGUACCACCUGAUCCGCAGGCACCCGGGCGCGAGCGUCACGCUGCUGGACCGGGACGCCAUCGACGCCGAGUCGCGCGUGGCGGCGUCCUGGGACUGGAACAAGGUGGUGCGGGCCGACUACGACGACCCGGCCUACUGCCGGCUCGCGCUCGAGGCCCAGGACAUCUUCAAGACGGACCCGCUGUGGAAGCCCUACUUCCACCAGACGGGCGUCUACUGGAUCUGCCGCUCCGACUACGCCCGCGAUGUCAUUGCCCACCACAAGGCCCUGGGCCGCGGCGAUGAUAUUGUCGCCAUGCCCGUCGCCGAGGCCCGGCGGCUGUACGGUGGAAUCUUUGACGACGCCGACUACAGCGGCGCCAAGGAGGUGCUCAUCAACCGCGCCAGCGGCUGGGCGGCCGCGGGCGACUGCCUGCGCGCCGUGACGCGCGCCGCCGAGGAGCUGGGCGUGCGCUACGUCGUGGCCGAGGCGUCGUCGCUGGAGCUGGACCCGCGCACGGGGAGCUGCAGGGGCCUCAAGACGGCCGACGGGAGGACGUUCCGCGCGGACCGCACCAUCCUGUGCGCGGGGGCCUUCACGGCCAAGCUGCUCGAGAUGAGCGCGGCGGCGACCGGGGUCGAGACCCUCUCGGCGGGCGACAGGAUCCUGGCGGCGGGCAUCGCGACGGGCAUGGCGGAGUUGACCGAGGAGCAGUACAAGCCGUACGCCGACAUGCCUGUUGGGUUCCAGGGAUACGUCGGAUUCGGGAAACCGUUUAUCGGCACCCUCCCACCGACCAAGGACAGGGAGCUGAAGUGGUGGGGAUCCAAGAUCUUCUCCAACAUCACCGAGAUCCUGCCGGGCAGAAAAGUGUCGGCGCCGCCGCCGGCGAGCGACUAUAGGCAGUGGGACGUGUCGCGGCGGCUCAAGAGCGACAUCAUUGAGCAAAAGGAGCUCUGGUACGGCAGCAAGAGCAAGGGCUGGAAGAUGACCAAGCACCGCAUCUGCUGGGACGCCUUCACGACCAGCUCCGACUUCAUCAUCUCGCCGCACCCGGCGGCCAAGGGGCUGUACCUGGCGACGUGCGGGUCUUUCCACGGCUUCAAGUUCUUCCCCGUGCUGGGCAAGUGCGUGAUGCAGAUGCUGGACGGCGAGCUGCCGCCCGAGCUGGCGACGAGGUGGGCGUGGGACCGCGAGCGUCCAGACCACCUGGCGAACCCAGAGUACCCCAACUCGGAGCUGAGCGAGCUGGCAGAUCAGCUGGCCAAAUUGUGAACCAUGUUAUAUGGGCGGCUAUCCACAGACGCGGGCAGGCGGAGGCCAAGGAUACAUAUGCAUGGAACAUCAACAGAACACCUACUAUUAGUAGUAUAAUAACAGGGAUGGAUGGGACUCCACGUCCAGCAGGCAGGCAGCCACCUCCCCACCCCUCCCCAGACCCGGCCCAAGCUCGGAAAUCUAGCCCCUUCUGGCUGGGUUGCUUAUCUUGUAACGCC